CGAUUCAAAUGCUGCUGAACUUGUUCUGAAUCCGUCAACUUUAACCCAUUUCGGGCAAUGUCAUGACCUCUUUCCAACACACAAUUAACCAAUUAGCUGCGAAGACAUUUGAUGCUCCAGCAAAACGAAGCAGUCAAUCGCCAUUGCAAUCGCACUGCCUCCAUCGAAGCAGUAGUGCCAACAGUUGACUCCAAUUCGGAAUAAAAGACAAAGUCACAAACGUCGCAUUUUAUGCUCUUAACAUGGCACAGAAGUUUAAGUAUCGCGACAAAUUGAAGGGUCUAUCGAUCAUCGUUCUAUCUAUCGUUCUUCUUGCAUUACUCCCACAAUCCAUUGACGCACAAACUCGAGAUCCGCGAUUUUAUUCGCGCGUCGGUGUCGACUAUCAAUGGCCGAAUCCCGGCGAUCCGGAUUACAGAACCUACACAUUCAACGAUCGUCGCUACGGGCACUAUCAGCCAAAUGGAUAUGGCGCUAAUUAUCCAGGCAGAAAUCCACCUGGUCAAUAUCCCCAGGGUAUGCCGAACGAGGAUCGUUUUCGAUUUGAUCCGAACGAUCCCAAUGCUAGGACACAGUUUCCGGGCGUCUUGGCCGGUUGGCGUGAGGAUUUGCAGGGGAAGCAGCGACGCGACUCGUUGACUCUGGAACGGGAUGUCUUUGUCACGACGAACUAUGGCCAGGUGCAAGGCUUUAAGGUCUACAUGUACGACAAUCCCGAUCCCAAGUCAUUCUAUAGGCCAUAUCAUUCCACUGUGGAUCGCGUAAUGGGCGAAUGCUCCGUGUUCUUGGGCAUUCCCUACGCCCUGCCGCCCACAUUCGAGGGGCGCUUUAAGCCGCCACGCCUACAUCGCGGCUGGCAGCUGCUGCAGGCGGUGGACUUCGGACCCGCCUGUCCACAGCCGGUGCGUUACACAGGUGCGACCAAAGGUGUCAUGGACAUGGAUGAGGAUUGCCUCUAUCUGAAUGUAUAUUCGCCCAAGACUGGCGCUGGCGUUGCCCAGAAGUAUCCGGUCAUGGUCUAUAUACAUGGCGGGGAGUUCGUGCGCGGCGCUUCAAAUCUGUUCCAGGGUCAUGUGCUGGCCUCCUUCUACGAUGUGGUCGUGGUCACGUUGAACUAUCGGCUGGGCGCAUUGGGCUUCCUCUCCACAGCAGAUGAGAACUCGCCGGGCAACUAUGGCAUCUUGGAUCAGGCAAUGGCACUCAAGUGGGUGCACGAUAACAUUGAGUUCUUCAAUGGGGAUCGCGAGUCGAUCACGCUGUUUGGACCCGGAGCUGGGGCCGCCUCUGCAGGACUCCUGAUGGUGGCACCACAAACACGCAACAUAGUGAAGCGCGUGAUUGCCCAAUCGGGCUCAGCGUUGGCCGACUGGGCGCUCAUCCAAGAUAAGUACAGGGCACAGAAUACCAGUCGUGUGCUGGGCCAAGUGCUGGGCUGCUCUAUAGAUUCGUCCUGGAAACUGGUCAACUGCCUACGCACUGGACGCAGCUUCUACGAGCUGGGAAAUGCCGAGUUCUCGCCCCAAGUCGGAAGCUUCCCCUGGGGUCCGGUGCUGGAUCAUAAUUUCACGUUGCCUGGCGACGAUUGGUACGAGGGCUGGCGGGAGAAGGAUUGGCGUUUUCUUACCCAGACACCCGAGACUCUGAUUCGCGCUGGCCGUUUCAAUCGCAACAUUCAGUAUAUGACGGGUGUUACCACGCAGGAAGCGGCGUUCUUUGUGGCCCAGAACGAAUCUCUGGCGCCCUAUUACGAGCUAGACGGUCGCUUCUUUGAGCAGAAGUUGAGGGAGCACGUCUUCCGCUACAACUACACUCUCAAUCCGAAUGGCGUGUAUGAGGCCAUCAAAUACAUGUACACCUACUGGCCGGAUCCCAACAAUAACACCAUCAUACGUGAUCAAUACAUCAAUAUGCUGAGCGAUCUCUACUAUCGGGCGCCCGUCGAUCAAAUGGUUAAGCUGCUCUUAGCGCAAAAGAUUCCCGUCUAUAUGUAUGUGCUGAACACCACCGUGGAGGCCCUCAACUUGCCCCAAUGGCGCAAAUAUCCACACGACACCGAGCACUACUUCUUGACGGGUGCCCCCUUCUUGGACACGGAGUUCUUUCCCAAGAAGGACCACCUGCAGCGCAACAUGUGGACUGACAAUGAUCGCAAUAUGAGUCACUUCUUCAUGCAGACCUAUUCGAACUUUGCGAGAUAUGGCAAUCCGACGCCGCAGCAAGUGCUCGGAAUGCACUUUCAACAGGCAUAUCAGGGGGAGAUUCGUUACCUAAACAUCAAUACCACAUACAACUCCUCGAUCUUGCUGAACUAUCGGCAAACCGAGUGCGCCUUCUGGACGCAGUAUUUGCCAACCGUAAUUGGCGUUCUGGUGCCCACAUAUCCGCCCACGACGGAAUACUGGUGGGAGCCAAAGGAGCCCUUGCAAAUCGCCUUCUGGAGCAUGUCGGUUGCCUGCUUCUUCCUCAUCGUGCUGGUCGUCAUCUGCUGCAUUAUGUGGCGCAACGCCAAGCGGCAAUCGGAUCGCUUCUAUGACGAGGACGUCUUCAUCAAUGGCGAUGGCAUGGAGCCAGAGCCGGAUCCACGAGGCGUGGACAAUUCGCAUAUGGUGACCAAUCACCAUGCAUUGCGCUCGCGAGACAACAUUUACGAAUAUCGAGACUCUCCAUCGACCAAAACACUAGCCAGCAAAGCACAGACGGAUACCACGUCCUUGCGUUCACCCAGCUCGCUGGCCAUGACCCAGAAGUCAGGCAGCCAAGCUUCGCUCAAGUCGGGCAUUUCGCUCAAGGAGACUAAUGGCAGCCUGGUCAAGUCGGAGCGCGCAGCUACGCCGCGCUCGCAGACUAAUGGAUCUGCAGCCAAAGCGGCGCCUGUCGAGGAGAAGCGUCUGCUGCAGCCCAUGUCCAGCACGCCAGUGGCGCAGCUGCAAGCGGAGCCAAUGAAGCGAACGCCGGCAGCUCCAGCCAGCGUGAUUAGCAGCAGCAGUCGCAGCACCACGCCAGUGCCCUCGGCACGCACCACAACGACGACGGCGACGCUGACAGCGCAGCCGGCAGCACAGCCACGACGCACGCAGCUAGUGGAGGGCGUGCCACAAACAUCCGUCUAAGUAACCGCUCUCUAAGCGCGCGAUGCACUUAGAGAGAAUACGCAAAGCC